AUGGAGCAAAACCCAAACACCCCCCCUCCAUCAUCAAACCCAAACACAACAUCGCCUCUCGGAUUUGCGGGGUACGAAAAUUAUUUCAACCUUUUGUCGUCUCAAGGUUCACCACAAAUACCAUACCACGGUGCCGCUUUCAAUCCCGCUUCACCGCCACUGCAAUUUCCCAACUCACCUUACGUUCAACAAAAUCAAUUUGGUCAAAACCCAAAUUUACAACAAAAUCUUUUCUCUACUUUUGGUUCGAUGCAACAAACAACCAAUCAACCAUCGCCUACAACACAACCAACAGUUCAAGUGGAAGCGGGAAGUAGUAGGAAAGGGAAAGGGAAAGGAAAAUCAAAAGGGAAAUCAAUAGCGGUGGAAUCUGAAAAUGCAGACGUUUCACAAUGGUGGACACCGGAGGAGGAAUACGCUUUGACGGCGGCUUGGUGUGCUACUUCAAAGGACGAACUUCGUGGAAAUGGAAUGAAAAAAGGAGCUUAUUGGGGGGCGGUGCUCGACAAGUUUCACGCUAUUUUAAGGAAAAAUCCGUAUCGCAACAACGACAUGUUGAGCAGCAAAUGGGGUAUGAUAACUAAGCGGUGCAGCAAAUUCAACGGUAUUUACAACCGGAUUGCGGCGCAACAACAAAGUGGAUCCAACGACUUUGAUUUGUUCAAAGCUGCUAAGGAACAAUAUCGGGUCGAAAUGGGUCAUGUUUUCGACUUUGAAAAAUCAUGGGAAUUGUUGCGAGCGGAUCCAAAAUGGAAUAAAACGCCUACAUCGUCAGAGGUUCAAUCCAAAAGGUCUCGCAAUUCUAGUUCGGUCGACGUGUCGGACGCACGGACUAACAUCGACCUAAACGCCGAUGACGAUGAGAUCCCGGAUGAUAUCCAAGAGAUAUCCCCACCACGACGACCGCCCGGACGCGACAAAGCGAGGCGCGCUGCAAGACAUGCGGAGGAGGUGGAGACGAGAGCAAAAGAUGCGGCGGAAAUGAGAGCGAAAUUCGACGAACAUAAUUUGUUAAUAAAGGAAAAAAAAAAUGAGUUGAAACGUCGUCAUUUGGAAUUUCUGGAAAGUCAGGCACGGGAGAAGCGGGAGCAAAAAGAGAGGGAACUAAUGACACAACAGUUGUCAAUUCUUCGGACAAGCGAGGAUGGUUUAGCACCUGCUGAUCUAGCGGUGCUACAAGCAAUGAAGGGACAAAUUAGGAAAAAAUAUUUGGGUUGA